GCUCCGGUUUGGCACUUUCUGUAAAAAUACACGAUAAUUUCAACCUUUUUGAGCGUGAACGGAUACGUCGAUAAGGGUGUGGGUGGGGUAAAUUGUUUAUCAUAGCAACGGGUUUCCGUUACAAGGGGCAUUCAUUGACAAAGUUUGGGACAAUGGACUUUCAUUGAGUGCCAGCCUACUCCAGACACCAUUUAAGGGACAGGCGCGAGAAAGUGCGCGUGUGGCAGCCUGUUGAUUCUUAAUAAGUUGGACAAAGCUCUUCGAGUUGUGAUGGUGGGAGUGGUAGUAUAAUAAUACAGUGGUGCCUGCAAGGGAGCUGGGGGCUGGUGGAGUGCUGGCGUCAUGGUGAAGAAUGUUCCGGAAGGUCAAAAAGCGUCACAGCAGCAGCAGCUCCCAAAGCAGUGAGAUCAGUACCAAGAGCAAGUCAGUAGACUCCAGUUUGGGAGGUCUCUCCAGGUCCAGUACUGUAGCUAGCCUUGACACAGACUCAACCAAGAGCUCAGGUAACAGUGCUGCCUCGGAGACGUGUGCUGAGUUCAGGGUGAAGUAUGUCGGCGCCAUUGAGAAGCUGCCGUUUGAGAUGAGUAAGACCCUGCAGGAGCCUCUGGAACUCAUCAACUACAUAGAUGCAGCCCAGCAAGAUGGAAAGCUGCCGUUUGUGCCAGGAGAUGAGGAGAUGGUACUGGGAGUGUCCAAGUAUGGAGUCAAAGUGGCCUCCAUGGAUCAGUGUGACGUUCUGCACCGCCACCCUCUCUAUCUGAUAAUGAGGAUGCUCUGUUAUGAUGACGGCCUGGGGGCUGGGAAGAACCUGCUGGCUCUCAAGACCACUGAUGCCAAGCAGCAGGACUGCAGCAUCUGGGUGUACCAGUGCAGCAGCGCGGAACAAGCCCAGGCCAUCUGCAAGGUGCUGUCUGCCUCCUUCGACUGCGUGCUGACAUCAGAGAAGUCCUGAAAGGUAGUCGCCCUGAAGGACGGGACUAUCCUCACGUGGGGGCAGCACCAUGACCAAUCGGGAGCCUGGAAACCAUAGUUUACAGCAGGGUCACGACAUACCCAGCAUGCUUUGUAACACCUCUCACACACCACCUACAGGCCACAAACAGCUUGUUUUAUUGUUUUUAAUCUAACUUAAUCUUAUUUAAUGUAAAUACAUUAGACAGUACAGGGAACUCAUGGCUGGACUUGGGAAGGAAGUGGCUGUUUGCUGUCUAGGUCUCUGAUAAUAAUAUUGCAUCCAGAGACUCCAUUGACUUCCUUUAUAAAAGGGGGAAAGUGGUAACCGUGGUACGUAUGGUACGCCGCAGUCAAUAUUUCCACUAUGGAUGGAGAAACAGACCUAGACUAUCACAAACAUGCUGUAGACCCCCCCCUUCUCCUCUAUCCCUCUCUCUUCUAUACAAAUCAAAGGUACGGUAUUACAUUUACAUUUUUAGUCAUUU